AUGAAGCUUUCGGGAUUGAAGAUAGUUAAGAGGCAGCUACCAGAAAACUUUGAAGAUAUUGAUGAUGAUGAAGAAAUGGUUGAUGAAGAUGAAAUGUCGGAUGAGCUAAUGAGAGAGUAUGUGGAUGAGGAGGUAUAUGUGGCUGUUAUAGAGCAUAGCUAUGGAAUAAUAUUAUCCGAGAAGAAGAAUAUUGAAAAAGCUCUAAAAAAGACAUUACCAAACAGUUUGAUGUUGAAGGAGUGGUACGAAAAAAAUCAAGAAUUGUUCAACGAAGUGAAGAAGGAAGAGAAUGGAGGAAUGAAUAGUAAUGAAGCUGGUUUUAAUGGUCAUAGGAACGAAGGAGAGGCAGAUGGUGGUAAUGAAGAAGGAUUCUCUCCAGUUAGAGGAUUGGUAGUUCAUGGGGAUAUGCAUGAUGAUGGUGGAGGUUUCAAUACACCUAAUAUGGAAAAGGUAGAUAAUACAAACAAUCUAACCUGUUCACAAUUCUUGGAGCAGCCUGAAGUGUUGGCGACAACAAUUAAAAUGACAGAUGAUGAUGUGUUGGAAAGUUAUAAAAAAGAAAAAAAAAAUGAAAUCUUGGAAAUAGUUGAAGUAUGUGAGGAAGAUGAUGGCAAUGGAAAAAUGGGAAAGAGAGAGAAAAAGAACCCUGUAUAUGGAAAAUCACCUUUUGUUGAAAGGAUUGUUAAAAUCGGGGGCAAGGUGAAGAAGGAUGAAAUGACAUUAUACAAUUCAGUUUUUGUAUCCAAAAUAGAUUAUGGGGAAGAGAUAUGGAACAUUGGGAGCGAUCAUGUGUUGCAUCAAGGAUUCGUAUAUCAUUUUAAAAGCAACACAUUUAUUCAUGCGAUAAUCAUUGAUUUUUGGACAUAUUACUCAACAAAAUGGAGGAACUAA